AUGCUGGAUCCACGAUUUACUAAUGAAACCCUUGCAUUUCUUAAUAUACUUUCAAAAAAUUCUCCACCUCAAGGUACUACUCCCGAAGUUGGACCAAUGCGGCAGCUGAUCGAACAUUAUCAUCAUAAAUCGAAUGAAAAAUUGUAUGGAACAUUUAAAGGUACUCUGGAAGAAAAAACGGUGAAAACCAAUUCUACAGAAACUCCAAUUACUAUCUAUACACCAACAGAUGUUGACAAAAAUAAAAUAGUUGUAUUUUUUCAUGGUGGAGGUUGGGUUAUUGGUAGUCGAAAGUCACAUCAAACAAUUGUCAAUACUUUAGCGGAUGCAACAAAAACUAUUUGGAUAUCUGUAGAAUAUCGUCUUGCACCCGAACAUAAAUAUCCAGUUUGGCUUGAUGAUACAUGUGAUGUUACACAAUACAUUAUUGAAAAUAAAACUUCGUUUGGUGUUGAUGAAACUGCUAAAAUCGGUGUUGCUGGUGAUAGUGCUGGUGGAAUGAUCGCCGCAUCAAUUGCACGUACAAUUAAAGGCAUUGAUUUUCAAAUUUUAGUUUAUGGAGCAUUAGAUAUUCUUCGUGAAACACCAUCGUACAAGGAAUUUGAUCAUCCAAAGUAUUUUCUUACAAUAGAAUUAAUGAACUGGUUCGUAACACAUGCAUUUGAGCCUUCACAAGAGCUGAAAGAUCCACGAAUAUCCGCUCUAUUGAAUACAUCAUUGGCAAAUGUACCACCAUGUUUAUUUAUUGUUGCUGAUUUAGAUCCCCUUCGAGAUGGCAAUUUAGAAUAUCAUAAAUUACUUGAAAACGCUGGUGUACAAUCGAAACUAUUACUUGUGAAAGGGGUUAUUCAUGGAUUUUUUUCUUUGCCUGGAAUCUUUCCACAAGCCUGUGCAGAAUCAAUUAAUGCAAUUCAAGACUUUAUGACAUCGAUCUAG